UGGGUAGGGGAAGAAGCAGGCGGCCAGGCGCAGAGCCGCAAAAGCAGACGCGGAAGCAGCCCAGGCCCGAGCCGAAGCGGGGAGGCGACGCCGCUGCACUACCACUCACCCGGUCAGCGAUUUGCCGCCUUGCGGGAGCCAGUUUUGGCGUCGGCGUCGGCGUGGAGUUCCCGGAGAGGGGUUCUGGCGAGGAUGAGCGGCAGCGGCAGCGGCAGCGGCGGAGGGGGAGCCAGGGGGCAGUCGGGGCCCGUGCCGGCGUCCGCGAGGAAGCUCGUGCAGGGGCUCAAGGAGAUCGUGAACCGUCCCGACGCGGAGAUCUACGCGGCGCUGCGGGAGUGCGGCAUGGACCCCGACGAGGCGGUCAGUCGGCUCCUCUGCCAAGAUACUUUUCAAGAGGUAAAGAGCAAGCGUGAUAAGAAAAAGGAGGUUAAAGAAACCCUAGAUCCAAGAUCUCGAGGAGCAAGUAACUCCUGUCGAUCCAGUAGAGGUGGUAUGGACCGUGCUGGACGAAGCAGUUCAGUCCAGUCUGGAUCCAGUGGCACUGAUUAUGUGACUUCAAGGUCAUCCAUAUUGGGACCUGCUGUGCCAGUUAAGCCAACAGUUCCUAGUUUGUCAACAAACAAAGAUGUGGUUUUUAAUGGAUCAGUUGGAGCACCACAAUCAUCAUCUGGUUUUCAGCAUAAUUGGUUUGGGGUGCCAGGUCAGAUGUCAAUGGCUGAUAUAGUGAAAAUGGGAAGACCUCAAGUGAGGUCUUCUGGAAAGCCUAUGGCUGCAGCAGACACAUCAUAUGCUGGUCAAACCCCAUCUUUAUCUAGCUCUGUAAACCAGAACUCGAAACAAUCUGCUAGCACAACCCUACCAACUACUUUUGAUCAGGGCUUUCCUGCUCUCCCAGACCCUAUUCCACAUACUGUGAAUUCUAGUCAUGGUUCUGCUGGGAACAACCAUACACAUGAGAAUGAUUGGUUUCCUCAGGAUGAGCCUCAAUCUGGAGUUCAGUCCACAGGCAUUGAGGCAUCUGGUGACCAAUCGCUAUCUGUGGCAUCACUGGACCAAUCUAUGUUGGUUGCUGGUACUGCUUACUCACAAGAAAAUUCUCAUGCAGAAGAGAACAACUCAACUGCAGUUAAAGCAACAGUGUCUUCCGAAAGACACUUGGAAAUUGUGGAGGAGGACAAUCAUUACAACGAUGGGUUAUUGCAGAACUGUGCUUACCAGGCUCAAGUGCACUCCUAUGUUGAUAAUGAAGUUGGGGUUUCUAAUGUUGAUGCAGAAUCAGCCGUGGCAAACUUUCAGCAUUUAAGCCUACAGAAUGAAGAUAUAGUUGUAACCAAAUCUGAAGAUAACCAUGCGGUUAUACUCCCUGAUCAUCUACAAGCUACAAAUGCAGACUGUGCUCAUCUGAGCUUUGGUAGUUUUGAAUCUGGUGCCUUCUCUGGCUUGUUUUCAUCAAAGGUCACAAAAGACAGUUUGGAGGACAACGAGGUGCAUAUUCCAGAUGAAUCCCCAUCAGUUAAUCUCGAUGCCAGGAAUCAAGAUUACUACGACAACGAUGCUCUAAAUUUGUCAGCAAAUGAGGAUGUUGAGACAAGAAUUGGUACUAACAUGGAUAACAUUGAUGGACCUUCAGUUUCACAGUCUGAUGUACCGAGGCAGGGGGCCAUAGAUGUGCCUGGUCUUCAAUAUGACAUGCCAUCAGUUCCAAGUCAUGCAUAUUCAAGCACAACGCAGCCAAGUAAAAUGGAAGACCCACAAGGAAACACACAAGCACAACCCCUUUCCCAUUUUUCUGGCUUACUGCAAGCAAAUACUCUACCCAAUUACUUGUUGGGGUCAAAUCUUACCCCUAUUCGGGAGUUUGACUUCUCGCAGUUACUUCAGACACAGUCAGCUACAAAGUAUAACCCAUCUGCGGCACCUAAUAAUCUGCCAGCAAUCUCCAUGCAAGAGACUUUAAAACCAGGAGGCUUUCCCAACACUCAGUCUACGCAACAUGUUCCCAAUACGAGCAUACCAUCGGGUCUUCCUCUCCCACAACAAUUGCCUGUAUACUCUCAGCCAACUCUGCCUCUUGGGCCUUUUACCAGCCUGGUUGGCUAUCCAUAUUUGCCUCAGAACUACUACCUACCAUCUGCGGCCUUCCAGCAAGCGUACUCAAGUAAUGGGCCUUUCCAUCAAUCUGGUGCUCCUGCUGUGCCUGGAGCUGGUAUGAAGUAUUCGAUGCCACAAUACAAGAGCAGCCCACCUGCUUCGAGCCUACCACAGCCAUCAUCACUCUCUGGUUAUGGAGGGUUCGGAAAUGCAAAUAAUAUUCCUGGAAAUUUCAGCCUAAAUCAGGGUGCUCCCUCUGCGCCUACAACUUUGGGAUUUGAUGAAGCUUUAGGCACACAAUUCAAAGACCCCAAUCACUAUGCAGCUCUACAGCAGAGUGAUAAUUCGGCAAUGUGGCUUCAUGGAGGCGCUGGUUCAAGAACAGUUUCUGCAGUUCCGCCUGGUAACUUCUAUGGUCUUCAGGGCCAGAGCCAGCAGGGUGGCUUCCGCCAGGCACAUCAGCCCUCUCAAUACGGUGGUCUUGGGUACCCAAGCUUCUACCAGUCGCAGUCGCAGGCCAGUCUGCCACAGGAGCACCCCCAGAACCUCACCGAGGGAAGCUUGAACAAUUCCCAGGGCGUACCAUCCCAGCCAUCGCACCAUCUCUGGCAGCACAGCUACUAAACCUUCUGUGCUCUCUUGGGAGAUGCCUCUCUACGCUGCCAGGUUAUCUGCAAGCCUUGGCACGCUGCGCCGUGAAGCGAACAGACUAGCUGAACUGCCGUCUUGAGCGGUGCUGAGCAGAGGACGGUCCAUCCAACAGCGAUGGAGUGCUUGUUUUUUUCCCUUUCUUUCCCAGUUGUGUUCUGAAACUAAUUUAAGCUGUCGCGGUUUUUAUUUGAUAGUGAGUGGUGUUGCAAAGGUGCUAUCUUGUAACGGUGAAGUCCUAACUCAUCUAACAGAUCUGCUUCCCAUACCCCUGUAAUAUGCCAUUUUGUUCUUGAUGCCUAGAAGCUUGAAGCUUCUACGUGUUGCUGCUACUUUCA